AUGGAUUUCAACGUUAAAGAAAUGUUGGACGAUGGAGAUGAAAUUAAGGUGAACUUGCAAAAGCUUAAGGACAUCAUCAUGGACGAUUUGAUAGGGUUGAAUCGGGAAUUAAAUGAACAACAGAAAAGUUUUCAAGGGUCGAAAUUGAAAUCGCAAUUCAAUUUGAUAGACCAUCACCUCUUCCAUGAACAAACGCCAUACAGAAACAGUUUCUUAAUCAUAUACGACGGAGUUAUGGGCCUCGAAAAAAACAUAACUGAGAUCAAGAUGAUUGUGAAAUUGCAACAUUUGAGUUUAAAAAAUAGUAAUAAUAAUGACAAAAAGAACAAUGAUGACGACGACGAUGACGAUGUUGGAUAUGAUGAUGAAGAUGAUGACGAUUUUACUGGGCCCCCGUCUAUUUUUAUCUCAAAUGACGUCGUCAAGAUCAGUUCUAAAAAUAGAUUUGCUCGAUUUAAUCUUAGGCAGCCGGUCAAUAAUUGCAAACCGAACAGAAAUUUGUUCUUAGUGCUGGAGGUGAUGGCAGGCCAGCAUAACAUAAUGAACAAUAGAGGUUUCGCGGUCGUUAAACUAUUUAGUAAAGAAGGAACUCUGAUGUGCGGCAGAUGGCUGGCUCCUCUGGUGGCCAAUCAGAAGACAGCAGCCAAAUAUUACAAUAAUUAUAAUGCUGAGUUGGAAGCGUUCGUAAGAAUUCUGCACCCUUCGCAGAUGGAAGAAGAGGAAAAGUUGAACAUGGAGCCGAUUUCCAUGUACAAAUUUUAUCGCCAACAGCCAAACAUCAUGUCAAAUAUCAAUGAAACAAUCAGUGAUAAUGACGACGACGACGAAGAUGAUGAUGACGACGACGAUGACGAAGAUGAUGAAGAAAAAUUUGAAAGUUGGACGUUGGAAAUAUUUUUUGAAAACCUCGAAGAGUUCACCAUAAGUCGGACUGUUCGACUGAAAACAGACCUCGUCCAAAUCUCGAACAAAGAGAGAUUGCCCGUGAAACCGUCUUUAAAAGCGGUCCUCGAUGCAAAGCAGAGGCCUAAGGUACACCCGAUCAAUGCAAAUAGAUCAUUCAUAAUAAGAAGACGCAAAGCAGAAAUAAUAAUAAACAAUAAUAUGUAUAAUAAUAAUGACAAUAAUAAUAAUAAUAAUAAUAAUAAUGAAAAUAAUAAUAAUAAUAAUGAUAAAAGCAUCAACUACAUUAAUGGACCGUGGGAGAAUAAUAGUCAUAACAUCGUAUUUGAAAGUUCCACAUCACGGCCUUCAAAAGAGAAUGAUAUUCAUAAUAAUAAUAAUAAUAAUAAUAAUAAUAAUAAUAAUAAUAAUAAUACUAAAAAGAAGAAGAAGAAAAGGAAGUUUAAAGUCAAAAAUUAUUUCAUAGUUUCUAUAACGGAGAUACCUGAAAUGAAACGUUUGCCAAUUAAGAAACCGCCCAUAAGCCAUAAUUUAAUAAUGAACGAAAAAUCACAAGAUGAUAGUAACAGUGAAUCCAAAUCAUUUCUAAAUUUAAAGGUCUUAAGUUACGAAAAUGCCAAAAGGUCUUUGGAAGAAUACCUCAACACGAUACCGCCUGCGAUUUGGACCCGGUAUGAACCAGCUAGCCCACCGAGGGCACACUUCGGAAGGACGGACGGGUUCACCUUGUACAUCGACGCAUGCAGGCAUCUGCCGGAAUAUUGCUCUAUAAUUAGGAUUGAAGGAAUGAUGAUAGACAGAUGGAACAGACGCGUAGGACACACCUUUCAAUGUUUCCCUCGCGUAGACAGUCACAUUUACGAUCCUGUAUUUAACUUCCGGGUUAAAUUUUGGCGCCAAAAUGUUCCCGCCACUGCGACUAUAAUUUUAAAGGUGUAUAGCACAGAUGAUAAAUUUCAAAAGCUGGUAUACAUUGGCUACUCUGCAUUAAAUGUAUUCGUAAUGAAUGGUACAUUCAAACAGCCCGAACACGAUCAUGCUUUGAAGGAAAGUACAGCAGCGGAUGAAAAUUCCGUUUUGAAAAGAUACAAAAGGGGUAUUUACUCAAACCGGAAAUACCGGAUAACUAAAAGUGAAGUGGCGAUAAUGAUGGAGAGAUCUGAGAGGAGAGAGAGUCAGAAAAUUAGAGAUGUAAUCUGCGAGAGAAUGGCCGAACCGUCGGAGGCAAAGAAUCUAUUACGUCACUCUGACGUCACUGAGUUUAUGAAAAUAAAAAUGGCGUCAUUAAUGGAUAAGAAACCAGAAGAGAUUUCUAAUUAA